AUGUUUCGACUUUUUUCCCUGCAGACAUUUGAAAGAUUUUGUUUUACUUUCCCGUUCGUCAACAGCAAAAUCAACAUGGCUGCGGACCACCAAUAUUUCUAUGAAGAUGAAGUUUACAGAAUUAAUAAAAAGGGUUUUAUUGAAUUUGGCAUGGUACUGGAAAAUUCUGAGUUGGUUAGCAGUGAUGAGAACUCCGACUUUGAAGAAGGAGCCAGGAUAAAAAAAGGUCACGUUAGAGUUGCGUGGCAUCCUAGUGGUGCAGAAGAAGUUAUUCAAGAAAAAAAGGUAGGUCUUGCAGACAGAUCUUUAAUGCCUGGCGAUGUAGUGAGAAGAUUAAUACGUGGAAAAGAUACACAGCGUGGAUAUUGCAGGAAUAUUCAAGUUACAGCUUGUGUUCAAGUUGUUGGCACAAAACAAGUGAUAGUAAAUGUUAAUAGUAAAGACUUAAUGCCUAUUGAGGAUUUCACUCCUGAUGUGGCAGUUUGCUUAGAUUCAUGGGUUGGAACGAUAAAAACUGUUCGUUCAAAACUUCAUCUAGUUUUUGCUGAUGGUUCAAAAUGUAUAAUAACAGAUGUUGAAGCAUGUGCUUUUGAAGAAUUAGAUGAAAGACGAUUAUCAGAAUAUGAAUCUUCCCAUAGAAAUGAUUAUCAUCCAGGUCAAGUUUUAUAUGGACCUUUAGAAGCUUUGGAUGAAGCAGUUUGGAUUAAUUGUUCUAAAGAAUUGAAGGCCUUAAAAUCGAAACCACAUAAAAAUGUAAAAGUUAUUGUAGAGGCAGUUAAAACAGAUUCAGUAACUGUAAAUUGGCAAUGCCAUGCUUAUUCUCCAGAUGGUGCUUGUAAUUUAAAAGAGCAGCCAAGUUAUAUAAUUCAAGGGGAAGAUCUCAAAAAACUAAAAUUAUUAGAUGUUUUUGAACCAUGCACAUUACAGAUUGGAGAUAGGGUUUAUUACACAUUUAAAGAAAAUAACAUACAAAUGACUAAAGAUCAAUGGAAAGCUCAACAAAAACAAAUAAUGCUUGAAAAGUCACCAAAUCCUUUUAAAGUCAAUAAUAAAAAUAAAAAUAAUAAAACCUCUAAAAUUACUAAUGAAGGUGCGAAAAUUACCAAUGGAGUACUACCUAAUGAUUCAAAUAAUGUAGAAAAUGUUAAAAAUUCCGUUACUACUACUAAAUUACCUGAAACUGCUCCUCCUGAAGACUGGGAAACAGAUGAUUGCAAUAGUCAAGAUGAUAGCGCUUCAAUUAGCUCGGGCUGUUCAUCAAAUUCAUCUUCGACAGGCGGUGGCGGCGGAACAGUAGGUUCUAAAAAGAAAAAAAGUCCAACGCUAAUGACCAAAGUUUUAAAAUUCAAAAAGUUACGUCGGGCCCGGCGAAAAACGCCCAAUAUUGUUCUUAAACCAAAUACCAAAGUAAUUGUAGAAGCUUUAGCCAUUACUUCAACAGCGGAUGUUGUUUGGCAAGAUGGAACCGUAGAACAAAAUAUUCCAUCUACCGACCUUUAUCCCAUUCAUCAUUUAGAUGAUCAGGAAUUUUUUCCCGGAGAUUUCGUGAUGGAAAAUAAAGAAGAUGGAUGUCUUAGGGUUUACGGAGUUGUUCAAAGUGUCGAUCAUGCUGGUCGUAUAGCCGUCGUUAAUUGGUUUCACACGUAUACAUCUUCGGAAAAUCCCAAUCCGACAAAAUUAGAGCAAAGCGAAGUUAGCGUUUACGAUUUAAAAGAUCAUCCAGAUUUUCAGUAUCGUCCGGGUACUGUAACAAUAAGAGUUGCGAAUUUUGAAGGCGAAGAUGCAACUUGCACAGCCGGACAGGUUUUAGAUAAUUAUCCAGAAGGUAGAGUUUAUGUAUGGUGGGUGGACGGUCACGUCAGCAUGUGUUGGCCUCAGGAUUUGUAUAAAGUUGGUGAUUACGACUCGGAUGAAGGAGAAUUAUGGGACGAUGGGAGCAGCGAAGGCUCCUGGGAAACUGAAUCGGAAGGUAGUUCCGUAGGAGAGGAAGAAAUGAUAGAUCAAAGUAUAAAGCCUAAACUUGCAGCGAACAUUGAAAAAGCACGAAUUGCGAUGUCUCGUUUGGAAGAAUUAUUUACACAAAAUCCAGCUUUACAGACCUUAGACAUAAUGAAAAAAUUAUUAGAAAUAUACAAAGAUUGUAGAUAUUUAGAUAAACUUAUGGGAACGUCAUUUUUUCACGAAAAUAAUUUCCGUGGGUUACUCGAAAGAGUUAGGGAAAAAGGAAGAGCAAGUGUAAGCUCUAAAGUUGCCGAACAAGUUUCACGUUUAUUUCAAAAUCCAAGCGACAAUAUACCUUAUAAGACUGAAAUCGAAUCGAUAUUAAAAACGAAGCUUUUAGGAAGUGAAAAAACCAACGAUGAAAAAUCGGAUGGAAAUGCAAAAAGUGGUAUUUCCGAAGACGAAUUUUCAAACGGUACCGAAAAAUCUCCCGGGAGUACAAAUGGGCAAUUAAUUCAAAGUAGUUCAGCCGAUGAUAGCGGAGUUUUCGAGCAUUCGACAGCAUCCGCCGACACCGGAUCUUACAAUGACAACUGUGAUUGCUUUUCGAAAUCAAAUCAAAUCAAUAACAACAGCAAGCAAACAAACGGGAAUGAAGGGUCGAGGUCGUUUCAUUCUCAACCGGAAAAACGUUCCAGUGGAAAGUUAAAAUUUCACGCUCAACAAUCUUUUCCACUUUUGACGUGCGAAAAGGAUUCACAACACGAUCCCAAUUCGAACGACUGCAGUCCUUCGCAAGUUUGCGCCAAGUUAUGCGCGUUAAUUAAAUCACAAUUGGUGAAAGCUCACGCGGAAGUCACGAGAAGAUUUCAAGGUGACAAAGCUCCCGUCACGCUUAGCGAAGUCGAUAACGAGAACGUAGCGCUCGAAGAGCAAAAAACAAACGACGAUGGAAACGCAACAACGACGGGUCAAAAAGAAGAAAAGACUGAUGGUAAAACGAAUGAGGAAAAAUCGGAAAUGAGCGAGCCGUUGAAAACCAAUAACGAAGGAUUUUCAAUCAUGUCGAACGCUCCCAACAGCCACAAAUACAAAUUGACCAUGUGUCAAAUGACUGAUCCAAAGUUUUUCUUCAAAACCGUUAAGAAAGAAUUGACGCUUUUAAGAACGUCUUUACCGCCUGGAAUUUGGGUGAAAGGAUUCGAAGAUAGAACGGAUUUAUAUUCUGUGAUGAUUCGAGGUCCGGAAAAAACCCCGUUCGAAGAUGGAUUGUUUGUGUUUGAUUUUCAGUUACCCAGUGAUUAUCCAAGAACUCCUCCGCUUUGUCACUAUUUAAGUUAUUGUUCGGAUAGACUUAAUCCAAAUCUUUACGAAGAUGGUAAAGUUUGUAUAUCCUUGCUCGGAACAUGGAGCGGAAAGGGAACCGAAGUCUGGACUCAAAAUUCUAACCUUUUGCAAGUUAUCAUUUCAAUUCAGGGCCUUAUUCUUGUUAACGAACCAUAUUUUAACGAAGCCGGUUACGAAAAACAAAAAGGUUCUCAACAAGGUCAGGAAAAUUCUAGAAUGUAUAACGAAAUGGCAAUUUUAAAAUUAGUACAAGCCAUGACCAAAAUGUACAUUAAUCCGCCAGAAGUGUUCGUAGAUGAAAUAAAACAACACUUUGCUCAAAAUGCCGAUAGAUUCGUUGAAAGAUUAAAAAAAUGGUUGGACAUUUCGGAGAGACACAAUCAACAAGUGAGCAAAAAUAUUUGCGAUACAAGUGCAGAACAUUCAAAUUCAUCAGAUCCCGUAUCAACAGCAAUAACCAACAGAAAUCUCGAAUGGGAAAAAUCACUCGUCAAUUUAGAAACUAUAAAAGAUCAACCGGAAUUUCCGCUGUUGCCAGCGUCGCGAGGUUUUUGUCUGACACUUAGAAAAACGUUAGCAGCUUUUCGAAACAUUGUAGACACGCAAAGGAGCUAG